GUUAACUCGCAACCCUCAUGCACGAACCACUCCCCUCCCUCUCCUCGCGCAAGCAUCCUCUCCUCGUACCCUCGCACGCGCUAGGGUUCCUGCGCCGCCGCCACACGGGAGCUUGUCGACCAGCCCAGCGUCCUCCGGAUCGCCGCCGUCACCGCCCCAGAUCGCCACUUUCGCCGUCGGAAUCGCUGCCAACGUCUCGUCGCCCCGGAUCGUCGCCGUCCGGAUCGCCGCCGUCGCCGGGCCAUGGCGGUGGAGGUCGACGGCACCCGGAGGCGCGGGGCGGCGGCCUUCCUGGACGACCCCUUCGAGGUGUUGCAGGCGAAGCGGGGCCGGUGCUCACCGUCCGCCACCGCGGCCUCGGUCGCCGACCUCGGCAUCAACAUGGAGUUCGACCCCAUCGAGGCGGUCCAGUCCGUCUUCCCCAGCGCCGAUCCGCAGCUUCUGCGGGGCUAUCUCAAAGCGUCGGGAAAUGUCUUGGAUGCUGCCAUCAGAAGCUUCAGGGAUUAUUUGGCAUCGGAUUCAGCAACGACCAAUGCUGGUGCCUCCUCAUCUGGAGUGGCAUCUGAUGUGCCGGUGAUGAAUACUCCAGCCAACAGGACUGAAUGGGCGGAGCUAAUUGUCAAGGAGAUGUCGUCCGCUUCAGAUCCGAAUGACACCAGGAAUCGAGUCUUCAGGAUACUUGAAAUGUUCGACAAAUGUGCCGCAAACUGCAGUACUCCUGAUGAGGCGCAUAAAAUGCGUGAGAUGAUUAUAGCAACUAUUUUGGGCUGACCUCUUGCUGUUCUAGCAAAAAAAAUUAGUAUUUUGUUUUUCUCUACGAAAGAUCAGGACCGAAUGGAUUUUUGGUCUAUAUUGCAAAUAUGUAUAAUGGAUUAUUGGUGAGCUCGGUAUUGGUGGUCUACUCCCUUUCAUCCCUGUAUUUCUAAGAAAACCAAACUAAUAUGCAUCCAUGUAUUUUUUUAAUUCAAGUUCUUUCAUAUGGGUUACGUAAAAAGCAAAUGUUGCUUCUUUUUAUUCAGAUGCUUUGAGAACCAAGUCUACCUGGUUCUCUUCCUUUCAUCCAUGUAUUUUAAUGUGCAGUGUACAAUGUGUAGAAUGAGCAAACUUGUGAAUCUAGAGCACAAACUCAUGAUUGAUCAAGGGAGUGGCACUGCCGGCUGGGUUAGAGUAUAAUCAACUGUACUUGGAGUUUUUUUGUGAUACGUGUAGCUUUCAGCUUGCGAGCCUUUCAAAUAUGCAAGUGUCCGAUGCCAUAGGCUACUAUGGAAGUUGUGAAUGCUAUGUAGUUUCCCGUACUACUUGCAUUCAGAAAUGAACUAAUUCAGGCUGGCCAUCUAAGUUUUACAUUCCGUAUGUAUAGAGAGAUCAAAUUUAUUUGUUCUAGGGACAUUUCUGAACAUGCGUAUGGAAUAAGAUCAUGAACACGUAUAUGGAUUAUGAAUUUAGUUUUUUUUUUGAGAAGUGAAUUUACUUUUAUCUAUUGAUAAAAAAAUAUUUUUGUUGUCAGACGAAGGGCACGACGGAUGGCGGCGGCGGGAAGGUGAGCAGCGGUGGAGAUAAGCGAGGAAAGGAGUAGUGUGAGGCGGUUGGCGGUGUUGAAGAGGAUGAGAGGGCCGCACACUCGGUGCCAUGCUACUGGAGGGCCCGCUGCUGGAGGCAGUCCUAGGGAUUUUUGGAUCAAUGACAGUAACGUUGGCGACCCAGUUAUCUUCUUCCAUCUCUGGAUCCUGAAUCUACAGCUCUCUAAUCUGCAAAUACACGCAGUAGCGACGGGUACAAUUGCAUGGUUGUGACUGCCGACCAGUACACGAGUGGGGCUGCCGUUCUCCUACCGGUGAAAUUUGAAACUUCCCUUGAGAGAUGCUAAAGUACUAUUUAUUUGACCGGCUUGGUGUACAUUGACCUUUACCGCCUGAAUGUUAUGAAUUAUAUUCAUGGUGGAUGAUAUGAAUGUCGGGGAGGUGAUGGAGAAGUAUGACGAGGAACUUGUGAAGGCUGAGGGCAUGGAGAAGAAGGGGAGAAUCUAAGUGGGAGGCUGACAUUGGCGAAGGAGAAGGCUAGAUGAGUGUUGGCAUUGGCAGACAACGGGUCAUUGCAGAUGGCAUUCACUGAAUUAUUCAAGGAAUUGAAGCUCCCAAAAUGAUCAAAUAAAUAAGAUAGCAAUGAGACAUAGAAUGUCGUGUUAUUAAUUAUCUUUUUCCUCAAAAAGGAUGUCGUGAUAGUAGUCGUGCUUUGCAUAUAAGUUGCUUCAACAACUAUAUUCUUGAAAUGAUGUGCCAUAGGUAGGUGGAAAAACUAAGAAAUACAAGCAUUACUCUGUGUGUGUGAGAGAGUGCUCUACACGCUGCCUUUACGGAUUAAACCGGUGCUCUAAUUAAAUGAUAAAUUGAGUGUACUUUUUUUUUC